UGGGUGGUAGCAGAUUAUCGUUACAUUUUUUAACUGUGUGUGAACUUGCAGGAACAUGGAGAACAUUGACCCUGAUCGGACGCCUGGCUUUGUACUCGAAACCAUUAAGCUGUUAAACUUCUGUUUGAAUCAGUUGAAGAAGAAGUCGGAGGAGCAGGGCACUCUGCAGUCGGUGCUACAGCAUGGCCUGCUGCUCUGUGAAAAUCUCUUUGACCCUUAUCAGACUUGGAGGAGACGUCAGGCAGGUGAGGAGGUCAGCAUGCUGGAAAGAAGCAAGUAUAAGUUUUCUCCUCUCAGCCUACCAGAGGAGCUGCCUGCAUUCUUCCAUGACUGCCUUCAGGAGUGCAAGCUGAUUAAUGAUCAUCUACUGCUGCGGCUGGUGCAUCUGCAGGGUGCCGUCAUCAGCGGUUGCAAGAAAAAUGGUCUGCAGUCCAUCACCCCCAAUGCUGUUGAGGAUCUCAUGUCCGUGCUGCGUUCCUGGUGCCUCCGACCUUCUCCCUCUCCCCAGGAACCCAAGAACCCCCAAAUACUGCGCCUCACGCUUCGCUGCCUGACCGGCAUGAUCCACUUGCUGCAGAGUAGCAGCCCUGCUGAGAGACAGGUGGAGAUCAGAUCUGUCCUCGACACCUUCUUCCAGCUGCUCAACUGGAACAGACCGCCACCGGCCGAGCAGGAGGACGAGCUGACUUGGGAGGACAGCAUCGUCACCCUGCAAACACACAUGCUCAAUGCCAUUCCAGAGAUUCUGCAGUGCCCAGACCGGCCGGUGUUGCAGGCCAUUUUCCUGAACAAUAACUGCUUUGAGCACAUCCUGCGACUCAUCCAGAACAGCAAGGUGUGGGAAAAAGGUUCUGACUGCAUCACGGUACACGCUAUCGGAGUCCUAACUGCCAUCAUGAGCAACUCACCCUCUGCAAAGGAGGUCUUUAAGGAACGGAUCGGGUACUCCCAGCUCUUCGAUGUGCUUAGAAGUCAAGGGCAGCCGACCAAGCGGCUCCUUCAAGAGCUCAUGAACAUGGCAGUGGAAGGUGAGCGCUCUCAAGCUGUGCCUCUGGGAAUAAGUAAUGAGCAGCCUCUGCUCCUGCUCCUACAGUGGUUACCUGAGCUGGGCUCUCGCUCCCUGCAGCUGCUGGUGUGCGAGUGGCUGCUGGCUGUGUGUGGUGGUUCGUUGGCGUGUCGCAGUGUGGCGGCAGAUGCUGGCCUUGUGGGCGCCGUACUGGAUCUGCUAAACCAGGGUCCCGAACGGCUUGAGCGUCAGUGUGCCGACGCUUUGCUGGGCUUAGUGGAGAAGCUCGGCUCGCUCUCACUACGCCCGCACCACCUUAAAAGCUUGCUACGUUUGCUGCGGAAGGAGCAGGGGACACCGCGGCACCCCUACUGUAGUCGUGUCAUCCGGGCCAUCACCGCCAUGGCCACACAUGCCCAGUCAGGCACCAGCGCCCUGCAGUACUUUGACCUCACGCCACCCAUGGCCGGCAUCAUGGUGCCUUCCAUUCAGCGAUGGCCAGGCAGUGGCUUUGCUUUUCACGCAUGGCUAUGUCUCAAUGCCAACUUCCCUCCUCCACCGCAGCACCAUUACUCCGAGUCACACAUCACUGAACCUGAUCAUACACUCCGCAUUACCAGGGGUCCUCGACGCAAACAGCUCUACAGCUUCUUUACUGCAAACGGGACGGGGUUGGAGGCUUUCUUCACCACAGAUGGAGUGCUGGUGGUAGCCGUGUGCACCAAAAAGGAGUACAUGGCUGUUUCGCUGCCUGAAAGGCCCCUUAAUGAUGGCACAUGGCAUUCUGUGGCUAUUGUGCACAUCCCGGGUCGUCGACCAUUUGGGCAGAACUUGGUCACUAUCUACAUGGAUGGAGUCCAGUGCAAGACAGCACAGCUGCGCUUCCCUACUCUUAGUGAGCCUUUCACGUCCUGCUGUAUUGGCUCGGCGGGUCACCGCACCACUACCACUAGCACCUCUCCUACUCUGCCUCACACCCCAUCCGAGCUGGCGUUCCAGGUACCGUCUGGACCCCCCAACCUCAUCCGAUCUCAGUCCUUCCCGGCAUCGUUUUCUGGGAGCGCUGGUGGGCGCUGGGGUUUGGGCAGAGACGUUCCGGUCCACACCAUCCCAGCAGGACUGCAGGACACGGAGUGGGGAUCACCAUCAUCUCUGGACGGCCAGCUGGGCACAGCCUUCAUCUGCCACGAUGCACUGCAGCCUGCGCAGGCACAGGCGCUCUAUAGGGCAGGUCCCAAUAGCGUGCCCCUGUAUAAAGCAGAUGGAGAACAAACAGAGCUCUGCAGUAAACUUCUUCUGUACUACACGCCUCAGGCCUUUAAAAACCAAAUCUGUCUGGAUUUAUCUUUCAACCAUCAGUACAACGGCAGACUGACUGGCCACCGGGUGGUCAACUGGGACAUUAAGGAUGUGCUGAACUGCGUUGGUGGGAUGGGGGCUUUGCUGCCCCUGCUGGAACAGGUGUGUGUCCCCGAGCAGGGGGAGACCACUGGGCAGGAGACGUCUGAUCUACUGGGUCCUGAACUCACUUCCCCCAGAGGUCCUGCAGGCAUGCUGCUGCCCCUGGGGAAGUCUAGCGAGGGCCGUUUGGAGAGUAAUGGUGUGGCUGCAUUCCUGGUGAUGGUUAAAAACAUGCUAAGGAAUCAUCACGUUAAUCAAGAGAGUCUCCUCCAUUGCCAUGGACCAGCCAUCAUAGGUGCCAUUCUCAGCAAGGUGCCAAGCAGUCUGAUGGACUUUAACGUGCUCAUGGCGUUGCAGCUGCUGCUGGAGCAGGUCUCCAGUGAAGGCAACAGUGUUCUGGUCUCUCAGCUCUACCAGUACCUUCUCUUCGAUUUCCGCAUCUGGAGCCACUGUCACUUUGCCGUCUGCCUGAGUCAUAUGCGGUAUCUGUCCAAUGUCUUAAAGGAGAGCAAGCAAAGAUCACGCAGGAAGUACGGAGUUCAGUACAUUUUGGACUCCAUUCGUGGACACUACAGUGUGGAGAAGGAUGGCAGUACUCUAACAGACAAGCAUCAGACGGUGCAGCCCUUACUCUUUGACCUGUUGAUGGACUUCCUGUUGAAGUCUCCCACUGCUGAGGAGCUACAUAGUGCGCUGGCUUACGCUACUGUAGUACAGGAACAACAACAGGCGAUCAGGCUGCUUGAUGUUUUGUACUCAGUGUUGAGGAGCAGUCCUCAGGCUCUGUCGGUGCUGCUGGAAUGGGGGGUGGAGCAGCUCUACUGUCUACUGCUGAAGCCCAGUUAUAGUGAUGAUGCUCGUGAGAGGGUGUUCAGGAUCCUGUACAAAGUACUGAAAAGUGAGCGUGUUCCAGAACGCAACAAACUGCGCUUAAAGCUUAAAGAGCCCGGGUACCUGGGACUGGUCUGCUUUCUGGAGGACGUCCCACUCACCAUGACCAUCAUCCGCUGCCUUUAUGAGCAGGUGCUGGCGACAGAUAAUUCUCCCAGCUUUAAGGAUCUGUUGGCGGUGGUGUACCUGUCUCAUCGGGCUGACCUCUCUGUCCGACUGGACAUCUGUCGCAAGCUGUUUCACCUGAUCUACUCCAGUGAAGACUGCGUUAAACAGCUGGCAAAGCAACCAGGCUGGCAAGAUGUUCUUACCAAACUCUACGUAAAAGAAUCCUACGAGUCUCGCACCAACAGCUUAUCAAGCCCUCAACCCUUACUGGACCCCGUCCCCUUCAAACCCCUUCUCAAAACAGACAACAGCAUUGGGGAAAGCAUUCGCUCUGAUGUCUUCAUCCCCUACAACUCCCAGCAUGAUGAAGGUGAGGAUGCUGAGGAAGAUGUGGAGGAAGAACCAACUCAAGACAUUUCAGAGGGCAUCUUGGAACUGUCCCAGUCUCCGCUAACAGGGAAUGAGUUCAAGAGCUUCAGCGACUCCUUAAACUUCAAGUCGUUUGACUCAACCGAGCGAGGCAGCCGCUCGUCAUUACUGUCCAACGUGUUGGACGGACCUUCUUCAUUACAGCUGACAGAGGAGGAAGAGGGAACAUAUCAGCCGCUCUCACCCUUCGGCAUGUCACCUCUUACGCUGGACCUGGGAGGACAGAAGGGCCCACAGACUCCAGAAACACCAUCUCCGCUAGAGAGCAGCAAGCCCUUUCCAGGCCUGAGGGCACGUAAAAGCUCCAGCCUGUCCAACGUGCUGGACGAUACCAGCUACUGCAAUGAGCCAUCACCUGCUGAUACCAUUUCUAACAACUCCAACCCACAGCAGACUCCAGAAGAGGAAUUGUGCAACUUGCUGACAAACAUUGUGUUUAAAGUGCUGUGGACGGGUACAGAGGGAUCGGAGGAUGUGGUGUGGAGAGAGCGAGGCCAGGUUUUCUCCGUACUUACCAAACUUGGUUCGUCCUGGCAGCUCGUGCGUCCUCCGGAUGACAUCAAGCGCAAUCUUUUAGAGAUGAUGUUGGAGUCGUCUCUGUUGGACCUGCGGGAGUCUCAGGGCACAGCUUUGACACAUAUUCCCUCCCUUCUCCGCCUUCUUAGACUGCUGCAGGACUUCCUGUUUGCUGAGGGAACUGACAAUCAAACACUGUGGAGUGAAAAGAUCUUUGAGGGUGUGGUAAAUCUGCUGGAUCGGCUGCAGGCCUGGCACACCACUUCAGCCACAGCAGCCGCCUCAGAGCUUAAACAAAUGGCUCAGAUAGGCCUGCGGAUCAUCACUGGAUACAUACGGCAGCAGAAUACCCAGGUGUGUGAGAUGGCCUGUUUGAAGCUGCACAGUCUGCUGCAGACUGUGUUGUGUCUCUCAUGGGAGGAGGUUUGUUUCCUGCUGGGGCGCCUGGGAGCCGCUUUGUGGCCCUCCGACGACGUCACCAAGACAGGCGGCACAGCGGGCUUGGAGAUCGCACUGAGGCCGCUGGUGCCUGUGGUGCGGACUCUCCUGGACCAGCAUGCUGACCCCACCAUUCUACAUCAGCUUUUGCCCAAUCUGCCGCCCACCAACGGCAGCGCCACCUUUGCCCAGGACCUGCUGUCGUACUGCAGCACAGCCGAGUGGCAGCUCUUCUACUGCAACAAUGUGGGACCCACCAUGCAGCAAUAUGAACUGGACACUUUUGGGAAGAGCCAUGACUUGAUGUCCAACUUUUGGAACUCCUGUUUCGAUGACCUGAUGAGCACGGCCCAAAAGAGAGAGAAGGACAGAGCAGACAGCAAGGCCAAGUUUCAGGAGUUGAUAGUCGACCCAUACCUGAAACGCAUCCGCAGUGAGAACAGUCGCUAUGCCAGUACACAAAGGCUAAGUAACAGCCAGCAGGGGGUGGUGUGGAAGCACUGGAAAUCCCUGCGCAGACUGCUCACCAGUGAGAGAGGAACCUGGGCAGAUAAGGAUCAGCCAGAGGUGAAGUGGAAGCUCUCCAGUGCUGAGACAUACUCCAAGAUGAGGCUAAAGCUUGUGCCCAACUACAGCUUCGACACCCACUGCGAAGCUAGUGCACUUAGGGAUAACAUGGGAGCUGAUAGCCCUCGCAGCUCCACCGAGACCCUCCCAUUGGCUGUUGCUAAGGAAGCUAAAGUGAGUGACAUGGAAGACGACCAACUGGAGGAUGAAGAUCUUCUCUACAUCGACAGCCAGGUGGAAGAAGGUGAAGAGGACAGUCAGAAAGAGAAACUUGUGCUCUCGGAGGACUGUGAGCUCAUCACGAUAGUGGCUGUGGUACCAGGUCGCCUAGAGGUCACCACACAUCAUAUCUACUUCUAUGAUGGCAACAGUGAGAAGGAUGAGACAGAAGAAGGCAUAGGCUUUGAUUUUAAAAGGCCACUGAGUCAGCUGAGAGAGGUCCAUCUGAGACGCUACAACCUUCGCCGCUCGGCCCUCGAGCUUUUCUUUAUUGAUCAGGCACACCACUUCUUCAACUUCAGGAAAAAGGUGCGGAACAAGGUGUAUUCAAGGAUUCUGGGUCUUCGGCCACCUAAUCUGUUCUACUUUGGUUCCCGCUCCCCUCAAGAACUCCUCAAAGCCUCCAAUCUCACUCAGAAAUGGGUGUACAGAGAGAUCUCAAAUUUUGAGUACCUCAUGCAGCUUAACACCAUUGCUGGUCGCACUUAUAAUGAUCUGUCCCAGUAUCCUGUGUUUCCCUGGGUGCUGUGUGACUACACGUCUCCUGUGUUGGAUUUAGAAGACCCGGCUGUGUUCAGAGAUCUAUCCAAACCCAUCGGCGUGGUCAACCCUCGACAUGCUCAGAACGUCAGGGAAAAGUUUGAGAGCUUUGAAGAUCCCACAGGCACGGUAGACAAGUUCCACUAUGGCACACACUACUCCAACGCAGCCGGCGUCAUGCACUACAUGAUCCGCAUGGAGCCUUUUACCAGCCUGCACAUCCAGCUGCAGAGUGGCAAGUUUGAUUGUGCAGACAGGCAGUUCCACUCCGUAGCAGCAGCGUGGCUGGCUCGUAUGGAGAGUCCAGCCGAUGUGAAGGAGCUCAUUCCUGAGUUCUUCUACUUCCCUGAAUUUCUGCAGAACAUAAACGGGUUUAAUCUGGGCUCUCUUCAGGUGAAUCAGGAACAAGUGAAUAAUGUGGUGCUGCCAUGCUGGGCCUCUUCUCGAGAAGAUUUCAUCAGAAAACACCGCCAAGCGCUGGAGAGUGAGCAUGUGUCUGCUCACCUACACGAGUGGAUUGAUCUUAUAUUUGGCUAUAAGCAGCGAGGACCAGAGGCUGUGGAGGCUCUUAAUGUGUUCUACUACUGUACUUAUGAAGGUGCUGUGGAUCUGGAUGCCAUAGCCAAUGAGACAGAGCGCAAGGCUUUGGAGGGCAUCAUCAGUAACUUCGGCCAGACCCCUUGUCAGCUUCUUAAGGAGCCACAUCCUCCACGGAUGUCAGCACAGAGUGCGUCUAGACGGCAGGCCCGCAUGGACACUCUGCCUCCAAACCUCUUUGAUCAUCUAGACAAACUACGACCCUUUGUGGAGAUGGUGAGUGAUGUACCUUUAGUCCAGGCUGUCGUACCCAGGAACCAGACCCGCUCCUUCAUCAUCCAGGGCUCAGAUGUUCUGGUGACCGUGAAUUCUAACGGCCAGAUAGGAACACACAGCUGGCUGCCGUACGACAAGAGCAUCUCUAAUUAUUUUACCUUCUCCAAGGACCCUACCUUGAACAAUCCAAAGACACAGCGGUUCCUGAGUGGCCCUUUCUCCCCAGGGGUGGACAUCAGGUCCCAGGUGAUGGUGGUGUCCAGUGAUGGGCGUCUGCUGUUCAGUGGGGGACACUGGGACUGCAGCCUCCGUGUCACCACACUGGCCAAGGCCAAGAUGGUGGGCAGGAUCUGCCGCCACAUUGAUGUGGUAACAUGUCUGGCUUUGGACCUGUGUGGUAUCUACCUCAUCUCAGGCUCUCGGGACACCACCUGCAUGGUGUGGCUGGUCCUCCAGCAGGGUGGUUUUUCCAGUGGUCUGUCUCCACGACCGGUGCAGGUUCUGUGUGGUCAUGAUGCAGAAGUCACCUGUGUAGCAAUAAGCACUGAGCUGGAUAUGGCAGUUUCAGGCUCAAAAGAUGGCACAGUGAUAAUGCACAGCGUUCGGCGGGGUCAGUAUCUAUGCACGUUCCGUCCUCCGUGUGAGAGCUGCGUCUCUGUCCGGGUUGUCCAGCUGCAGGUUGGCAUGGAGGGUCACAUAGUGUCACAUACUGUCCUGGAGGGCUGCUCAGCUAGCAAGGAGAAGCAUACGCUGCAUGUGUACUCUGUGAACGGCUCUCUGCUGGCAUCUAUGGUAAUGGAGGAGCCAGUGACGGCACUCAGUCUGGUUUCUGACUACCUCAUACUGGGCACACUACAAGGCAACCUGCACAUCAAAGAACUCUUCAGCUUAAAUCAGGCUGCUAAGCCUCUGGUGCUGAAGGUGGCUGUUCGCAGUGUAUCGGUCACUAAGGAGAGCAGUCACAUCCUCGUAGGACUGGAUGAUGGCAAACUUAUUGUGGUAGGAGCAGGAAAACCAGAAGAGGUGCGCUCAGGUCAGUUCUCCCGCCGAAUUUGGGGCUCUACGCGCAGGAUCUCUCAGGUAUCCUCAGGAGAGACUGAGUACAACCCUACAGAGAAUGCUGGGAAAUAAGCAUCAUGCACCACACACUCCACAUGCCUUCACCAAGACCCUUCACACAUUCUGAAUAGCUGUCAGCGUCCAUCAUACGUCUACACAUGUUGCUCUAAGCGACGCCUGUGAUCUGCUGCUCUGCUUUUGAAAUGAGGCAGAGUCGUCCAAA